AUGAAUGAAAUCCCAGCUGAUCCAACUGUUGUAUUCGAUAAAGCUCCAGUCGAUUUAACUGUUGUAUUCAAUAAAGCUCCGGUCGGUAAAGCUGAAGUCGAUGAAGCUGAAGUCGACGGAGCUGAAGUCGAUGGAGCUGAAGUCGACGGAGCUGAAGUCGACGGAGCUGAAGUCGAUGGAGCUGAAGUCGACGGAGCUGAAGUCGACGGAGCUGAAGCCGAUGGAGCUGAAGUCGACGGAGCUGAAGUCGAUGGAGCUGAAGUCAAUGGAGCUGAAGUCAAUGGAGCUGAAGUCGAUGGAGCUGAAGUCAAUGGAGCUGAAGUCGAUGGAGCUGAAGCCGGUAAAGCUGAAGUCGAUGGAGCUGCAGUCAAUGGAGCUGAAGUCGACGGAGCUGAAGUCGACGGAGCUGAAGUCAAUGGAGCUGAAGUUGGCAAAGGUACUGGUGUUUGA